AUGGCCGCAACAAGUGCAAUGUGCAUCGUUUAAUAUAAAUCCUCUAAUCCUCUCACCGCGUAAUUUUGAAGUGUAUAACUAUUAGUGCUAUUCUUCUGUCCCCAUUGCUUUCUUUGAUCUUUGUUUUCGGUUUCUUCGAUAUUAUUUUUGUUCAAAAAACCAUGUCCACUGGUCGCCGUUUAGCCAAACGCUCAAUUAUCGGUACAAAAGUUUGUGCACCUGGACCUGAUGGUCUUUGGUAUUCUGGCGUUAUACAGGACGUAAAAACGCCUCCUACUGCCACUGUCACGUCGUCGUCGCUAUUGGCCGAUAGUGACAACGCUGUAUCUAAUAACAGUGGUACGAAUUUAACUGCUGAUACCAAGUAUAUAGUACGCUUCGAUUUUAAGACACAAACAAUGCAAAACUCUUUGGACUCAUCACCAUUAUCGUCGUCCAAGACGCUAAUAAUAAUGGAGGCACGUCGCACAAUUAGCGCUCACUUAAGUCCAGCGCAAGCUUUGCGUCGUAACGCCAUGAUAAAGGAGUUUCGCGAGUCGGACUUAAUAGGUCCUGGAUUUCGGUCUAUUAUGGGCGUUCAUUUGCAACCAGGUCAACGAGUGUUUCUGACCCAUAAUGGGCGUGAAACUUCAGGCGAUGUCAUCACCCACGAUUUGGAAAAGGAUGAAAUCGGUGUAAAAAUCACCACAAUCGGAAAUGAGCCUUAAAAGGAUUUACUUCUCAAAAAUGCAAAUAAAAAUUGAUUUUCUUUGGUUUGUAAAAUGUAUCUAUACGUACUAUAUAAAGCAUAAAAAGAUCCAUCA